AUGUGGACUAUUUUGUUCGCCUGCGUGACAACAUGGAGAAAACAGGCAACUUUUAUGAGAAAAACAACAAAGGUAAAUGAAAGAGCUCUUAAAGCUACUACCAAGUUGCUGAAACUUAUAGCCAAGACAAAAAAGUCGCACACUGUGGCAGAGACAUUAAUACUUCCUGCCUGCAAAGCUAUUGUAGAGGAGAUGCUCGGACCUGAAGCAGCAAAGGAAAUAGCCAAAGUCCCUCUCUCAAACAACACAAUUUCCAGACGUAUUAAUGACAUUCUGCAGACAUCGAAAGUGUGGUUUUGGAAAAAGAUCCGUAUCAGUGGAAAAUUUGCAUUGCAACUUGACGAGUCUACUGAUAUCAGUGGACAUGCUCAACUCUUAGCUAAUGUGCGUUUUGUUGAUGGUGAUGCAAUUAGAGAAAACUUCUUUUUUUGCAAGGUAUUGCCAGAAAAAACAACAGGAGAAGAAAUUUUUCGGGUCACAUCAGAAUACCUUGAACAAGGAGGACUUAAGUGGGAAAACUGCACAAGUGUCUGCACCGAUGGAGCUGCAGCUAUGGUCGGGCGCACCAAAAGCUUUGUAAGCAGAGUGAAGGAAAGAAAUCCAGAUGUGAUUAUUACGCAUUGUUUUUUACACCGCGAGGCCCUCGUAGCCAAGACUUUACCAUCAGCCUUAGUUCAUGUGUUGGAUGAUGUUGUGCGCAUGGUAAACAUUGUAAAGUCACGACCCAUGAAAAGUCGCAUAUUUGCAGCUUUGUGUGAGGAGAUGGGAGCAAAGCAAUAA